UCACAGUUUGUCAAAAUUCUAGUACAACUGUUAGAAUAUGAUGUAUGUGAAAGGAAACUCAUGACCAAAAAACCUUAUAGAGGGUUUCGAAUAAAAGAUGAAGGAGAAAGUUCUACUCAUCUAGAAAAAUUUCUCUGUAGAAGAACUCGCCAGAAUUUCACUCUGCUGAAAGAAGUGAGGGAAAAUGGAGAUAAUCCCAGGAUUUCUUAGUCACGCUUUCGUCCUUUUCUUUGCAUUGAACUAUGGAAGUGCUUCUCUAUCUUUAAAUAUAUUUGGAUGGCAAAGUAACCCUAAUGAUACAGGCAGAGAAAUCUGUAUGAAAGACCUUGGCUGUUUUUCAUUAACAAGUGAUUUCAUCAGUUUUCAGCAUAGACCUAUAAGUAUUUUGCCAAAUGAUAGAAGCACCAUUAAUACACGAUUCCUUCUGUUUACCAAAAAAAACGCUAAAGAGGAACAACUUUUGGUGGCGAAUAAUGCUCAGUCUAUAAAUGACUCAUAUUUAGACCCAGAGAAACCUGUAAAAUUUAUUGUACAUGGUUUUAUGGACAGUCAACUUUAUGGACCCUGGAUGGUGAAUUUAAAAGAUGAGUUGCUUAUGUACGGUGACUACAAUAUCAUUAUUGUCGACUGGAGUGGAGGAAAUCUUCCACCAUAUUAUCAAGCCACAUCAAAUACGAGAGUCGUGGGAGCAGAAAUUGCUUUCCUACUUAAAGCUUUAAACAAUUAUAAGGGAAUCCAACCAGAAAACUGUCAUAUCAUUGGUCACAGUCUUGGAGCUCAUGUUGCUGGUUACGCUGGACAAAUAUUGGGAAACCUCGGAAGAAUUACAGGUUGUGAUCCUGCGGAGCCAUACUUUCAGAACAUGCCUGCAAGUGUGAGAUUAGAUCCUACUGAUGCUGACUUCGUCGAUGUUAUCCAUUCCGAUUCUACAGACAUCAUGUUCUAUGGAUUUGGUAUGAGCCAUAAAGUAGGCCAUGUUGACUUCUACCCGAAUAAUGGUCGAAAUCAACCGGGAUGUGAAACAGAGAAAUUUAUUUCAAUUGUUUUGUCAGGAAUAACAGAAGGAGCCAGACGUUUUGUUAGCUGCAACCAUCAGCGAUCUUUGGACUUCCUUCACUAUUCCAUAAACUACAAAAAAGUGACUCCAGUUGGUUAUGAAUGCACAAGCUGGGAGGAUUUCUUAGCUGGAAAAUGUGCUGAGUGUGGACCGGAUACAAAAAAAUGUGCCAUCAUGGGAAUCCGUGCGGAUGAGUACAAAAAAUUUCGAGAUAAUUCUGUACAGCAUGCUAUGUAUUUGAAGACCUCAGCUUUACCUCCUUAUUGGCUAUAUCAUUACCAUGUAAGUGUGAAACUAUUCAAGCCUCAUUUUAGUUAUAAGGACUACGCGGGCACUUUCAGUAUUGGUUUGUACGGAUCUAAAGAAGAUGACAUAGCAAAAGUACAAGAUAGGAGCAUUGAUUUAAUUCAUGGAGAGACUUACGAGUAUAUUAUGACUACAAGUAAGGAAUUAGGCGAAGUGAGAAGUGUUACCAUGAAAUGGGGCAUGUUUUCUUUAAAUCCAAUUAAUCUGUUUAAAAAGCCAAAGCUGUACGUGGAGUACAUAACAGUAGUUCCCAUGAAUACCAUUGAGAAAUCACCAAGAAAUAUGACUGAUCGUGUCUUCUGUGGUAAUCCUAACAAUCCCAUUGAACCAGGCGAUGUUGCAACCUUCCACAAAGAUAAUACUUGCCUUGUAGAAAAUUUAAAUUAAUAAAUAAACCUAAAAUGUGAAAUAAAAAUAUAUACCGAAUAUCCAUACUGUAGCUAAUUAAUGUUGAUAGUAAUGCUCAGUACGUGAAUGUAUACUAUAUAUAAGUUUAUAUGUAGUAAUAAAUUUGGACUAUUUUUGAAUAAUACAGGGUUUUUUAUAUCAUCAUUAAAUUUUAAAGAAAAGGCAUGAUUAAAAACGGCAAAGCGAAAACUUGUAAAACUGAUUUUUGAUAAUAAAUGUCAGCUACUA